UGCAACUGCAGCACAUUCAUACUUCAACCCAAAUUAAAAAAAAAAAGAAAAAGAUAGGACUUUGAGAAGGCACAUUCCUCGCAUUUGCCACAGCCUCACCAGAACUGGAGGGCUUGGGAUUUGGGACCGGUUUGCGGCUGAAAACAAACCCGCCAAGGUGAAUGGCCCGCGGUGGGCGCGGCGGUGCCGGGCGGCUGUGCAGGGGGAAGAUGCUGGCCGUGGGGGUGCUGGCCGGGCUGUCGGUGCUCAGCCUGCUCACCUACGGCUACCUGGCCUGGGACAGCCUCGGACUCGGCCCCGGAGGGACGGAGGCGGCGGGGAGCCGGCCGGGAGAGGAGCCGGGAGCAGGAGCCCCCAGCUCGCAGCCCCACAUCGUCUUCAUCCUGGCUGACGAUCAGGGCUUCCGAGACGUAGGGUACCACGGAUCCGAGAUCAGGACGCCCACUCUGGACAAGCUAGCUGCCGAAGGGGUUAAGCUGGAGAACUAUUAUGUUCAGCCUAUGUGCACACCGUCCAGAAGCCAAUUUAUCACUGGAAAGUACCAGAUACACACCGGCCUCCAGCACUCCAUCAUCCGGCCAACGCAGCCCAACUGCUUGCCUCUGGAUAACGUCACGCUACCUCAGAAGCUGAAGGAGGUUGGUUAUUCAACGCACAUGGUUGGCAAGUGGCACCUGGGGUUUUACCGCAGAGAAUGCAUGCCCACGCAGCGAGGAUUUGACACGUUCUUUGGCUCGCUCUUAGGCAGUGGUGACUAUUACACUCACUUCAAAUGUGACAGCCCUGGGAUAUGUGGCUAUGACCUGUACGAGAAUGAUAAUGCAGCUUGGGAUCAUGACAAUGGCAUCUACUCGACGCAGAUGUACACGCAAAAAGUACAACAGAUCCUGGCUUCUCAUAAUCCCAGGAAACCUAUAUUCUUAUAUAUUGCUUACCAAGCCGUUCAUUCGCCUCUUCAGGCACCAGGCAAGUAUUUUGAGCAUUAUCGAUCAAUAAAUAACAUAAACAGGAGAAGAUAUGCUGCGAUGCUAGCUUGUUUGGAUGAAGCCAUAAACAAUGUAACCCUUGCUUUAAAGAAGUAUGGUUACUAUGACAAUAGCAUUAUCAUAUAUUCCUCAGAUAAUGGUGGGCAGCCAAUGGCAGGAGGAAGUAACUGGCCUCUGCGAGGGAGCAAAGGGACCUACUGGGAAGGAGGCAUCCGUGCUGUUGGCUUUGUCCAUAGCCCCCUUCUGAAAAACAAAGGGUCUGUGUGUAAGGAGCUGGUGCACAUCACAGACUGGUUCCCCACUUUGAUCACACUGGCAGAAGGACAGAUCGAUGAAGACAUCCAGCUGGAUGGCUAUGAUAUAUGGGAAACCAUCAGCGAAGGCAGACGUUCUCCACGGGUAGACAUCUUGCACAACAUCGACCCAAUUUACACCAAAGCCAAAAACGGGUCCUGGGCAGCUGGCUACGGGAUCUGGAACACCGCGAUUCAGUCUGCCAUCCGAGUGAAUCACUGGAAACUACUGACAGGAAAUCCUGGCUAUAGCGACUGGGUGCCCCCACAGGCCUUCAGUAACGUGGGCCCCAACCGCUGGCACAACGAACGCGUCUCUUGGUCAGCUGGCAAAACCGUGUGGCUUUUCAACAUAACCGCUGAUCCGUACGAACGGGUGGACCUCUCUGCACGGUAUCCAGACGUAGUGAAGCAGUUGUUGCGGAGGCUUUCACAGUUCAAUAAGACUGCAGUUCCUGUUCGAUACCCACCUAAGGACCCUCGGAGUAACCCGAAGCUGAACGGAGGAGUCUGGGGUCCGUGGUUUAAGGAGGACGAAAAGAAAAAGAAGUCAGAUAAAAGUAAAGGUGCAAAUAAGCAGAAGAAGAAUAAGAACAAGAAAAAAGCAAAUCGGAAAAAAGGGCAAUCAUUACAUUGCCGUUCACGUCUUGCUGGUGGAUAGACUCAAGCACAUGGUCUUUUGCCAAGUCUAAGUCAGCUUGGCCCGAUUUUAUUGAACUUCUCACAGAGUAUACCAGAAAUGCCAGCUCUGCACUACGGAUGGAAGCUGUCAUCUUUUUAUUUGUUCUCAAAUUUCACCAGCACAAGAUACCUUGACACUGUGCCUUGAGGAUUCAUGAACAUCCACACGACAAACUUUCUCCUUUACAGGAAGAAUGGUGCUCACCCAUUACAGCUACAUUCCAGAUAACAACACAGAUAACUUCAGAAAUCCCAUUUUUGAUGGACAAAUGGUGGUUCCUUGCAUAAAUUAGUCGGAACUUUUGGAGACUAUGGAGAGGUUAAAAUGGCAGAUGAUUUCAAACUGACCUGAUGAUUCAUAGGGAGAAAGGAAAAAAAAACCUUUGAGAGCCUCUGUAUGUCAGAGAGUGUUAGUCACCAACCUAUGACAUUUUUUGGUACAGCACAGCAAAAGCAUGAAGCCAUCCGUAUAACUUUAGGGGGGAGGGAGGUUCGGGAGAGGAGCCUGAUGGGAAGAAAGCUGCUUUAAAUUAGACUGUGUCUGUCAUAGAUAAACCAGAAAUACUUUUUAAAUUCCCUAAAUGUGCUAAGCUCACCCCAUUUGUAGUAAAACCAGAAGGCUGUUAUUCAGCACACAUGAGCAGCUAGCACAUGCCAUGUGUAAUUUAUUAUAGGCAUAGGCAAAAGCACCAAAAAAUCACCAAAGUGAAUGUAAUAUUUAAACACUUUAAGAUAGCUAUACUACAGUACAUAAAAGACAUAAUUUAUUUUACAGCACAAUACUUUUUUGUCUUCCAUUGCAACUCUAAUUAGUGGGUGAUGCAAGGUGCCCCUCUGGGUGCUAGGGUUGUUUGUUUGUUUGUUUGUUUCCUUUGAUUUUUAAUUUUAUUUUCACUCUCUCAUUCAGAGUUUUAUUUAACAGAUCCACAUCCUCAGAGUACUGUAAAGCAAGAAAAUAUUGUAGACACUGCUAGGAUGAGAAAGGAGAAUGAUUCAGGUACAUCAUUUCAUUAUGUAUUUGCCUCCAAUUACUUUGAAUGUAACAAAGUGAUUAUUUGAUUAAGUAGUCACGUGAAUAUUGUUCAGUUUCUGUACAGAAGCUAGGUCAUCUUUAUGUUUUUGGGGAGAAUUCUACUUUAAACUUCUUAUUUAUGUAUCUAUUAAAAUAGUUUAUUUUUAUGGCAUUCAGAAAA